AUGUCUGUUAACAGCACUCAAUCAAUUUUUCAUAUUAGGUUAUAUUGUAUAUUUCUGCAUAACAACAAAAUACAUGAUGCUCAAUCAGAUUGUUGCUUCGGAUAUCUAUUAGCUCCUAAUACCUA